GCCCUCUUUUUCCUGCGUGGGUUUGAGGGAUUCGACAAAGGGAAGCCGGAAGGUCUUGGCUCCUCCUGUUUCCCACGGGAGGGAAAGAUUGGGGCGGGUUGGGGUGGGGGGGGGGAGAAUAAAACAGGGAGGGCCCUUGCGCUCCAAACAGGAAGCCCGCCCCGGCGCUUGCUUCCUUGCAGCCGCCGAGCCACGCCGGGCACACUCCCGGGGGUCUUGCGCCGCCGAUCUCCCCCCCAGCUCCGAGCCAGAGGCUCCGAUUCCAUUGCGGCCCCUCUCCCUGGGCGCUGGAAGCAGGCGAGCGCCCUCCGCAGGAGUCAGCGGCGCGGAGAAAGAAGGAAAAUGAAAGUAGCCGUCCUCCCAGGUGUUACCUUCUGUCUCCUCCUCAGCUUUUCAUCUUCCCUCUCAGCUGCAAAUUCAGAGGACAGAGACGAAUAUCCCGAUGUCGUGAUUGGCCCUGCUUUGCUCCAGCUGAACCUUGGCCUGUCCUUCUGCGCGAUGAAAGCUGACACCGGGCCCUGCAAAGCCAUACACAGCCGGUAUCACUUCAACAUUCAGACCCGCCAGUGCGAACUCUUUGACUACGGUGGCUGUGAAGGCAACAAAAACAACUUCCUAAAUCUAGAAGAAUGCCAAGCGGCGUGUGUAGUCCCAGAUUUGCCUGAAAAGAAAAAGAGAGCAAGAUUUAAGAAAGAAAAACCUUCUUUCUGCCUUUUGGAGAAUGAUCCUGGAAUCUGCCGAGGAAUGAUCUCCAGGUAUUUCUACAACCCAGAGUCUCAGCUGUGUGAAAAAUUCCUGUACGGUGGGUGCCUGGGAAACCAGAACAACUUUGAGUCUUUGAAAGAGUGCCAGGACGUCUGCCAGAGCAGCCCCAAUUCACUGCAGAUGGAGGAAGAAAAGGAGACCCUUCUGAGCAUGGUCAAUAACAGCUCCCCGGCUGUGAAGCAGGACUUGGCUGUGGUGCCCUCGUUUUGUGUGACGCCGAUGGAUAGAGGUUUCUGCAGAGCCAAUGAGAAAAGGUUCUUCUACAAUCACACGACUGGGAAAUGCCAUCCUUUCCGCUACAGCGGUUGCGGCGGGAACGUCAACAACUUCACCUCCAGGAAGUCGUGCCUUCGGAUGUGCAAGAAAGGGUUCAUUAAAAAAAAGAGGGACCAGCAAGGUAUAAUGAAAGUCCGUCGGAAACGGAAGAAGCAGCCCGCAAAGCUGAUGGACGAGGAGAUUGUCAUUGAAAGGAUAUAAGUUACCAGCCUUCUGUUUUAUAAUAAUAAUAGAAAUGUUCUGGACAUGUUCCAUCGGGAAGUACUGAGCAUCAUUUAAUUGUUUUGAAAUUUGCAUCGACAUUAUUUCUCAAACUUUUUUAUUUUCGUUCCCGUGUAAAUUACUUUAUACUGCUAAUUCUGCAGUGCUGACAACCUUUAUUUGGAAAUAAGACCUGUGUUACACUGUUAAA